ACUCCCACGGUUUAUAAGGUUUGAACGCACUCGUGCGCACGCAGAGCGCAUCUCCGCUCAGCACAUAAGUGCGCGUGCGUUACUGUCUGCCAUUGUGUGCAACGUCGAGGAUAUUCAGUUCUUACAAUGGCAAUGAGAACGUUGACCGUAUUGAUAGCAGUCGCGGGGUGUACCUGGGCUGCUCCCAGUGAAGCGGUGGAACAAGAAAAGGCUUUGGUUCCAAAGGAAGAUCAACAAAGGGAAGAUUUGUUAACUGCCGCAAGUAGUUCAUAUGGACGCAGUUAUUCUGAUUGGGGAGGCUACCCCAGCGCAAGCAGUUAUAGUGGGUACGGCGUCACAGGCUACGGCACCAUAGAUGACAAAUAUAACAACUACAAUUCUUAUUAUGGAGGCUAUGGUGGAUAUGACAACACAUACGGCUACAACGGUAACGCUGGUUUCGCCGGUAACGCCGGCUACGCAGGAAGCGCAGGCUACGGCGGCUAUAAUGACUACAACGGUUAUAAACGAUUUGGUGGCGGCUAUGGACUAAGUAAUGUAGCCGGCAACGGUGGGUAUGGUGGCUACGGAGGAAAUGGUGGACUUCUGUCUUAUUACGGGUACAACAGCCCGUAUAAUCAAGGAUCGUAUCACCUCGGCUAUGGAUACUACAGUAAAAGACCCGGUAAUAUCUACAACAGCGGUGUUACUCCUAGUUUAGUGACAGGAUAUAGAGGCUAUUCUAGAAGAUAAGGAAAACUAUAAUUUACUUAUUUUUAAUUACUGUGUAAGAUAACCAAAGUAAUUUCCCAAAGUUAAAUAUAUUAAAAACUGCACCGAAUGCUUUAAAUUAGCAAAUAAAAGAUGUUAUAUAUUUUUAAAACUUUAUUUCUAACAAUAUGACAUACACGUUAUCUUAUUUCAUACAUCAAUAUUGUAUUGAAAAUAUUUAAAAAUUAAAACGUUAAGUUCUAGUACAUAACUACACGACUCUGCAAAGUGGUGUCAAAUAAAAUCAUAACGCUAAUCCGAACCAGAUGCACUAGUCUGUUUCUUCAUGGAUUUCAACGCUCUUUCGCGUAAUUUUUUCUCCAAGUCCUCAUUGUUUACCUUGCCCUCUUCCUCUUCUUCGGCUUCGUCACUGUCGGAGGAAUCAUCUUUCUUUUUCGAAGACUUCUUAUGUUUUUUAUGUUUCUUAUGCUUUUUCGAAUGCUUUUUGUGUUUCUUGUUCUUUUUAGAUUUCUUAGGCUCGUCACUGUCCGACUCUGAUUCAGAUUCAGAAACCUUCUUCUUAGAUUUCUUUUUAGUUACUUGAUCACUAUCAGAUGAAGACUCUUCUUUUUCGCGUUUCUUUCCUCUCUUUUCACUUUCAUCUCGCGUCUUUGUUUUGACUUCCUCGAUAUGUUUGGCUUUUGCCAAUUUCUCUUCUCCCUUUUUUGCCUUCCCUGUCUCAGGUGAAAUCAAUUUUUCUUUAGAUAGUUCUGCUUUCUUGCUACGUUUGAUAUCCAUUUCAGAACUAGUAUCUCGUUUACCAACUUUCUUUUUGGAUUUUUCAUCACUUUCCGAACUUUCGUCGUGUGAAUCUUCAGACUCAACUUUUUUAGAUUUUGACAGCUUUGUGUCAGAUUUUUCCAAUCUUGAACGUUCCAUGCUUUCAGCGU